CAUACUUGGGGCCACCUGGGUCAAUUGUGGUCUGAUUUUCUGUGAGCGGCAUUGUGUCACAGCUAAGUCGUCAGAAGCGUCUAUUGCGCACUUUGUAGUACAUAUUAGAUUACAGUAGUGAUAUAAUUGUCAUAGUUAAAUCUCGUUUAAGUGUGUAUACUUCGAACGCGCAAUAAACAUAUAAGGAAAGAUACACUGUUACAUUAAAUUACUGCAGCAUUUUAUAUUACAAUCCUUCUUUAGCACGCCUCAGUUAUGAUCAUUAGAAUACCAUGUCUCCUAAUAAUAUUAGCAAGCGUCUUAUUUUUACAGACAACAGGUAGCCCAUUCGUUCAACAGAGUGCAAGGAGUAAAAGGCCUCUUAUAAGAUGGAGGCCGCCCACCGAUACUUGGAGUUGGACCUCGACACCAAGGAACGAGGAGCCUUUCUUCAGACCUUCCAAUUUUACUCACAAACUGCCACCGACAGCUAAUGAAACUGAAAUAUUAGCGCAAAUGGCUACUCUAAAGAGAAAUUACUCGCGUCUUCUUUGGGACAGCGAUAAAAGCACCAAUUUGCCAUUAUUUGUUGACAAAGCUUUGAAACUUCUUAAUUUAAAACAAGUGUACUACGAAGUGGAACAUUCAGUGAUGUCGAGAGUCUCGUGCACAGCGUGCAAGGCGGGCGCCGGACUGCUGCAACAUUAUAUCAAACUGGGGAAGAGUAAGGAAGAAAUAAACAAGAUGAUCUAUCAGUUCUGCGUAUCCCUUAACAUACAGUCGGCACGUGUAUGUGAAGGCAUUACUAGAUUGUUCGGGAGCGAGGUCGUGUACGUAUUGAAAAGAAUUACAAUAGGACCCAAUGAGAUUUGCAGUUUUGUAAUUGGCGAUGCCUGUGGCGAUGUGUAUAAUCCUUACCAUGAGUGGGAAGUGGCGUUCCCGCCGGUGCCAAAACCCGUUGUGAGGACAGUAGACUCUCCAAUAGAAAAAGCCCCGACAUUUAAAGUUCUUCAAAUAUCUGAUACUCAUUUUGAUCCCUACUACGCUGAAGGUGCUAAUGCGGAGUGCAAUGAGCCUCUUUGCUGUCGGGCGUCCAACGGACCUGCGCUGACGCCUGGCGGCGGCGCUGGCCGCUGGGGGGAUUACCGCAAAUGCGACACACCGAAGCGUACCAUCGACCACAUGUUGAAGCACAUAGCUGACACGCAUCCCGACAUAGAUUACAUUCUAUGGACGGGAGACUUGCCACCGCACGACGUUUGGAAUCAGACCAAAGAAGAGAACUUGAAGGUUCUUCAGGAAACUGUGGUGCAGAUGUCGGACAUGUUCCCCGGGGUUCCCAUAUUCCCUGCUCUCGGAAAUCACGAAUCUUCCCCGGUAAAUAGCUUUCCUCCGCCGUAUAUCUCCUCAUCGGAGUCUAACAUCGCGUGGUUGUACAACGAGCUGGACGCGCAGUGGCGGCGCUGGCUGCCGGCGGGUGUUUCGCACACGGUGCGUCGCGGCGCCUUCUACUCCGUGCUCGUACGACCCGGCUUCCGAAUUAUAUCGCUCAACAUGAACUAUUGUAACAAUAAGAACUGGUGGUUAUUACUGAACAGUACAGAUCCGGCCACGGAACUGCAGUGGUUGAUAUACGAGCUCCAGUCUGCGGAGUUCAGUGGAGAGAAGGUGCACAUCAUCGGCCACAUCCCACCCGGACACUCAGACUGUCUCAAAGUCUGGAGUCGGAACUACUACGCUAUCAUAAACCGAUACGAAUCAACCAUAACCGCUCAAUUCUUCGGUCAUACGCAUUUUGAUGAAUUCGAAGUAUUUUAUGAUCCUAAUGAUCUUGGAAGAGCAACAAGUAUAGCAUAUGUUGGACCCUCUGUAUCGCCAUAUUAUGAUUUAAACUUAGGAUAUCGCAUUUAUUACGUUGAUGGGGACCAUGAUGCUACAACAAGGCUUGUAGUUGAUCACGAAACUUGGAUUAUGAAUCUCAAAGAUGCUAAUCUUUUUGGCUACCCGAUUUGGUACAAGUUGUAUUCGGCUCGCUCCGCGUAUCAAAUGCAAGCGUUACGGCCACAGGAUUGGGACAAAUUCAUAGAUGACAUGACAUCCAAAGAAGACGUUUUUAAUUUGUAUUUCAAACAUUAUUGGAAGAACAGUCCCCGCCGCGGGUCAUGUGACGGGGAGUGUCGCAAGCGUCUCGUAUGCGACGCGCGCUCAGGCCGAUCCCACGAUCGGCGCGCCCUCUGCGGUCACAUAGAGGCGCGGAUUGAUAGCACCGCGCCUGCGCCGCAGACAUGGCGCGCCUGGCUAUACAAUGGCCUGUCUGUUUCAUUAUCGAUGUUGAUGCAAUUACCACAAGUGGCUUAUCAAAUACCAAAGUUUAUAAUGGGAUUGGGAUGAAAUUU